UCGAAGGGAACAGAUUGGUGCUGUAAGGAAUAAAAAUCAAGAGGAACCCUUGAAUAAUGGAUUUAUUUGCAAACAAGUCCCUCAAAUGCCAUUGCAGCAGCUAAAAAGAAAUCAAACCAACAUCAGCUUUCAAAAAGAAGCAAAUAAUUCCAUCAGCAAUCACAAUAAAGCCGCAACUCCUGAAGGAUAUUGUGGAUAAUGAGUCCCAGUAUCUGUUGGCUUUGUAACUUAUUCCGAGGUGGCACAAAUGGAAUCACUUCUAAAAUGUAUCUGGAGGAAGUACUACAAUGGUCUCAGUCUUUUGAAAAACUGAUGGCUACUAAACAUGGGCGCAUAAUCUACAGAUCCUACCUAAAGACAGAAUACAGUGAUGAAAACAUUGAGUUCUGGCUUGCUUGUGAGAACUUCAAAAAGAUCCCAUCACAGAAGAAAAGGCUUUCAGUGGCACAGAAACUUUUUCAGCAUUAUAUCCAGCCUCAGGCUCCAAGGGAGAUUAAUAUUGACAGUCCAACAAGAGAAGCUAUUGUCAUGAACAUUCAAAAGCCAACCCCAUCCUGCUUUGAUGAAGCUCAGAAAAUUGUUUACUUGCAUAUGGAACGGGAUUCAUACCCCAGGUUUCUUGGGUCAGAAAUCUAUCAAAAUCUUAUUCAAGGUCUCUCAGCCUGAAGGAGGGAGCCAUCCGUGUCUAUCCAAGAAAGAGAAUGAGAUGACACUGGUGUGCUUGUCUCUUUAAAAAGACUAAAGAAUGUAAAAACAUCAAUGGCAGAACACACACAUACAUAAUUCUUUUUAUAUUUACAUUUUCCAUGGGAAUUACAUCGAAUAGAAGCAAACAAUCUUAUACAAAACAAAAGUCAACAGAAGGUUUGUUUUUUACUGGAUUCUGGGAUCGUUACAGACUUAAUAGCAGAUCUACUUGAAUGAACACUCAACUGUUAGUCAAGCUGUCUGGGGUUUUUUGUUACCUGUCUCUGAUAAAUCAUUGCUGUUAGAGUGUACCUGUUUCCAUCUUUUGGGAUGCCUUAUUAAAAUGCUAUUAGUGUGAGUUU